AUGCGAUUUGGAAAGCUGAACAAGUGUGUGGUUGUAGCAGUUGUAGCUACUCUCACCUUAUCUGUAUGCUCGGCGCUCAUUGAGGACGAUCAUGAGGACAAUGGCAGCGCUGGGGAUGAUCUUCCGAAUGUGACGACAUCCCAAUCCGCGCAAAACAUUUCAGACUCCGAGAGCAAACUCGACCCUACAGUAAGGCAAAGGACAUUCACGGUUUGCUACGGGAUAUUGUUCGAACGCUUUGACAACUAUUCCUCGUUGCUGCAGUCUGUUGCGUUCAACCGACUGAUGGGAGCGGAACACUUCUUUGUCUACAACCAGAGCGUAGGGCCAAAGGUGGAUGCUUUACUGAGACACUACCAGCAGAUGGGGCUGGUCACCGUGCUCAGGUGGCCUCCAUUCCCCACAGACAGAAGCUGGUACCAUAGCCAAAACGCGGCCAUAAAUGACUGCGUCUAUCGUAACAGGGGAAUUUCUAAGUUUGUAGUGGUCAUAGAUACAGACGAAUACCUUAUACCCGUUAGGCAUACGUCUUGGGAGGAAUUGCUGGAAGCCGUCAUCCACAAAGAGGCCAAGGAAAAUCAGGUACGCAGAGCUGCGAGCUUCACGCUAAGACACUCGUUCUAUUGUUACGGGGAAAACGAUACACCACACGAACCGGAGUGGACAUGGUUUAAGAACAACCUUACUAUUACAAAGGAAGAAGAGACAUUUAUCCUUCGAAACGACGUGCUUUUGUUCCAAGGAAUGUUCAAGAAAGAAUUGCUUGAUGCACCCAGGAGAUGUAAAACUAUUUACCGGCCUGAGUUCUCUAAACAGGCAGGCAUACACUACCCUCACAAGAUGUGGUCCAACAGGAGUAGGUCUAGCGUCGUUGUUGAUGACAGCAUAGGUUUUGUCGCUCAUCUUCGGUGGUUUUCCAAAAAAUGUCCCCAGCGCACUUCCUUGUAUCGCUUUUACAGAGAUUACUUACAUACACUGAGGAAAUACUUUGACGACUUCCAGCUACAUUUAUUGUCUUUGCAAAGAGGAAGAGAAAACGUACGCGCUGUAAAUCAAACGUAUUCAAUUCUGUCAUUUCUUUGAUGAGAAAAAAAUGUAGCCUACUGAAAUUCAAAAGUGGUGAGUUUACCCUCGAAAUGACUUAUGUGUUCUUAGUUAUGCCUUAAACCAAAUUAACAGUUGUUGCUUUCUAAUCAGCGAAAAGAAACACCAAUAAAUAACAUUCUAUUUCAUAAGAGUAGGGUUCCAACUAUGGGAUGAGCUGAAAGUUAAAGCCAUGCGUCAAUGUGGACGAGGAAAUAAAAUCAAGGUAUCCGACACUUGUAUGCCUUGUCUCUCAGUUUUUCAAGAUCCAGAUAUUUGCGAAAGUUUUCACUGGAUGUAAGCAACUCAACGAAGAGUUGUAGGUCUAGAUAUCUAGUCUACAGCAAUAGUAAAUAGUACUACAUGUAUUUACAGUGGAAUUCAGGCCGGAUUCAACAAGCUCGGAUUCAACGAGAACUCGAAAAUAACCCGGAUUCAACGAGCACUUGAAUCAACGAGCUCGGGUUCCAAGAGGUCCCUUCCAGAGUGAAUAGCCCCCGCCGACGUGGUUUCGCUUAUUUUUCUCCAAGAACGAACUUUAUCUAUUCCUGGAAACCAUCCAUUGUAUCUGCAAAGUGAACCAUUAUUCGUUUAGCCGAUUGCAUACGACCAAUCAGCGGCAUUUCUUCAUACCAACAUGUGC